UGCAAAUGAGCUGCUGAUCUACAGGAGGAGCCGGUCAUGUGACCUGUACCUGUGUCAUAAGCCACGCCCAGCGCCGCUCAUUGGCUUCUCCACGAGUCUUGUCUCCGGUGGAGGCUUCUAAUCCACCCAAUGAGCGGCGCUGGGGGCGGAGCAGCAGCUUAUAAAGGCGGCAGGCGGCGGCUCCUCCGGAUCACACACAGCAGAGUCUUCGUUGCUGGUUUGUGCUCUGCAGAGAACGAUGUCUGGACGCGGCAAACAAGGAGGCAAAGUGCGGGCUAAGGCCAAGACCCGCUCAUCCCGGGCAGGGCUCCAGUUCCCGGUCGGCCGUGUGCACAGGCUCCUCCGCAAGGGCAACUACGCCCAGAGGGUGGGCGCCGGCGCUCCCGUCUACUUGGCCGCUGUGCUCGAGUAUCUCACCGCCGAGAUCCUGGAGCUGGCCGGCAAUGCCGCCCGCGACAACAAGAAGACCCGCAUCAUCCCCCGUCACCUGCAGCUGGCCGUGCGCAACGACGAGGAGCUCAACAAGCUGCUGGGCGGCGUCACCAUCGCCCAGGGAGGCGUCCUGCCCAACAUCCAGGCCGUGCUGCUGCCCAAGAAGACCGAGAGCAGCAAGCCGGCCAAGAGCAAGUGAGCCCGGCUCUGCCCCGCCCCAAACCAAAGGCUCUUCUAAGAGCCGCCCACAUGGUCUGUACGACUGAGCUGGCGAUGCCGCUGAUCUCCGCUGUGGAGGCGUCACACAGGGGCACUUACCGCUCCUGACUAGAGAUGGGA